AUGGAAAGGCCUCACCCUGGGGGAACCGCCUUGUUGAUCACGGUAACCCCUACGCCAGGUGACAAUGAGGCCCUCAUUCCAGCUGACGUAUUUUUUGCAAAAAUUAUGGAAGAUACAGACACAUACAUAACUUGGCCAAACAAGCUUAAAAUUGGAGCAAAAUCAAAGAAAGAUCCACAUGUAAGGAUUGCUGGUCGUCCGGAAGAUGUCAAAGCUGCCAAAGAAAGAAUCGUAACCUUACUAGACACAAAGUGUAACAGAAUAACAAUGAAAAUGGACGUAAGCUAUACUGAUCAUUCCCAUAUUAUUGGAAAAGGAGGUUUAAGUAUUAAACGAGUCAUGGAAGAAACGCAAUGUCACGUUCACUUUCCAGAUUCCAAUCGUUCAAAUCCUACUGAAAAAAGCAAUCAAGUUUCAAUAUCUGGGGAUAUAAAUGGAGUAGAAAGUGCAAGAAGCAGAGUAAGGGAACUUAUACCUUUAAUUUUUGGAUUUGAAUUACCAAUUAUGACCCAAAACAUUGAUGCAACAUCUUUGUAUAUAGUAAAAAUUCAAGAACAAUACAAGAUACAAGUCAUGUUCAAAACUAGACCGAAACUUCAUGCAACUUUGGUACUGGUGAAAGGACUAGAAUGGGAAGUAGAUCAAGUAAAGCAAGCUACUACUUUGCUUAUGGAGUACAUGUGUGAAAAUCUGGCGAAUCAAAUCCCGGUUCAAAUGUCCAUGGAAAUCUCUCCACACCAUCACCAAGUCGUUCUCGGAAAAAACCAUUCUAACCUUAAAGCAAUAAUGCAAUAUACCAAUUGUCAGAUAAUGUUUCCUGAUGCACAAGACCCAAACAUUCCGAAUUUAAAAAAAAGUAACGUAAACAUAUCGGGAAAUAUCAACGAUGUAUACAAAGCUAGACAAUUGCUGAUGGGAAGUCUUCCGUUGAUAAUCAUCUUUGAUUUACCAGAAGAAAGUACAAUUUUGAGAACAAGACAGGACCAAAUAGCAGAUAUUCAAACCAAUUAUGAUGUGACAAUUACUAUCAGACAAAAAGCGAAGCAAAAUACUAGAGCUUGCGUGAUCAAAGGAGUCGAAAAAAAUGCAGGAAACAUUUACAAAGCGCGCAGCUAUAUUCUUGGAUUCGACGAACCCUGUACAACUGCUGGCAUUCCACCAUCUUACCACCUACCACUUCCAACGACACCUACCGGUCAAAAUGGUCCGCCAUUUGCUGGUCUCAUUAAACAACCUCAGUUUGUUUACGAUAUGUCUCAUCAAUCUAUGGGAAGUAGUGGGUAA